UGAGCUUUUUGUAACGCUAGCUCGGCGCUGUUGUUUUUUCAUCGCAAACAGCAUAUCUGAUAGUUAUUAUUAUCGUCUUAAUUAUCGUAUUAACUAUAUUUAUGCACCCGUGGUGUCCAAAUUACACGAUCCAAGAUGACAUCUAAACCGAAAGGGAAGGUCGGCUCCAAGAAUAAGGAGGACGCUCCUUAUGAGUUGGAGAGCCAGUUUGUCAUGAGGCUUCCUUCGGAGUAUGCUUCAACAGUGAGAAGGAUCGCCCAGUCAAGCAGUAUGAACAUUAAAGACAGACUCACCAUUGAGUUGCACCCGGAUGGUCAUCAUGGCAUUGUAAGAGUCGACCGCGUCCCUUUGGCCUGUAAACUGGUGGAUUUGCCCUGUAUGAUUGAGUCUUUAAAAACAGUGGACAAGAAGACAUUUUAUAAGACUGCCGAUGUUUGCCAGAUGCUGGUAUGUACACCAGAUGGAGACCUUUACCCUCCUCUAGAGGAACCGACUGGAACCGACCCCAAGAGCAAGAAGAAGGACAAAGACAAAGACAAGAAAUUUGUUUGGAACCAUGGCAUCACCUGCCCUCUGAAGAGAAAUAAAGAAUAAAGAAAGAAAAAAAAAAAAAAAAAGCAGUACAUUGAAUCCCCUGAUGUGGAAAAGGAGGUGAAGAGAUUGCUGAGCACGGACGCUGACGCUGUCCAUGUCCGGUGGGAAAUCAUAGCAGAAGAUGAGUCCAAGGAAGCAGAUCAGCACGGCUCUCUGGCCAACCUGGACUCCUCGCCUGGCACCUCGGGACACAAGAUGGGUCAUGGGUCGUCUGCCCAGCGUGAUGAACUGAGGGAGAUCUUCAACGACAUCAGCAGCUCCAGUGAGGAUGAGGAGGACGAAGGGGACCGGCACGAGGACGAGGACCUGAAUAUCAUGGAUACUGAGGAUGAUCUGGUUCGACAGCUCCAACAGAAACUCACUGAGUCUGAUUCUGCACAGCAUGAAAGUGAUAGAAUCCACCAGAUAGUUAUGGAGUACCAGCUGCAGAUCAAUAGCGUCGAAACCAAGCUUCAGGAAACCCGUGCCCGAAAGAAACAGCAGGAGGAACUCAUCAUGAAAGUGGAAAACCAGGCCCUCAAAAACCGCUUCCAAGCUUUGUUGGAUGAGAUUGUUCAGCAGGAGGAGCGGGAGAUGGAGCAGCUGGCCUCCCUGCAGGAGCAGCUGGACUCACUGAUAGAGAAGUGACCACCAGGGGGCACUGUCGUGUCAUCUUCAGCCCCACAUACACACAUGUGAAGAGGAAGAAGAGGAGGAGGAGGAGAAAAGGAGCCUUCGUUAAAUAUACACAAAUAUACACUUUUAUUAAGGGGAGAGGGAGUGUUUAUUAGCUGACUUGCUGUGUCAUUUGUUUCAGUUUAUCAUUUCCUUACAAUACGCAUACAGCGUACUGAUUUAUGCAUUGAAUGUUUUUUAUUAAUUUGAUAAAAUGUGUUGUUUAUUACUUUAUGAUUGUUUAUUUGUAUUUGAUUAGUGUCAGCUGUUGAUACUUUAGCGUAUCUUUAAAGUAAACGUGGUCUUGGUCAACUUGGUUAAGGGUUUUUAUUUUUACGACCCGUAUGACAGAAACUGCAGCAAUACACAAGUGUCAAAGAAUCGGAAAUUGUUAUUAGCGACCUCGUGACGACUUCGUCGGAGAGGAACCUAUUGUAUUUCGAGGAAUUAUUAUUAUUCUCUCGCAAUGAAAGUGUUUUGGGGGCCUUCAUCAUGUGUCAGAAGUUGUUAAAUUUCAUCAGGACAGGUGAAACAUUUGACAUUUUAGACGUCUCUCAUAUGGGUAUAAAGACAUCUCUCUAUAGCGCCCCCUUGAUGUAGAAAGCCCACAUGUUUUGCUAACAAUGACAAUGAUUUACUUGAAACUUGGUGUAAAUGUCCACUUGGUCAAUGAUGGCCAUAAAAUGUGACCAAUCAGAUUAUCCGCCAUUUAGAAUUUUUUUUCAUCUUCUCCUAAACGCUGGGUCCAAUUCUUACAAAACUUUCUGUGGUUUAUUAUUGGUUCAAUGUCAUGAAAAGCUUGUUGAUACCUUAUUGCGUUCAGAGGAUAUGGACCAAUGAACGAGGGGUGUGGGCUUAUCUGUAAAGACACAUAACUUCCAAAACACUUGAUUUAUCCUCGCCAAAUUGCUAUCUUAUUUCCACAAACGUACCCUAAUUUUUUCUGAAUAUUUAAACAUUAGGGGCACUGCAAUCAAUCCCUCAAUAUAUGCUUUUUUUUCUUGUUUGGGGAGUUGUAAAAGAACACAUUUUUCCUAGAGAUUAAACCCAAUUCAUUCCAAAGUCAGGCAGUAUGGUCUUGAUACAUCAGCAGUCAAAGACUAUUAAAACAAUUAAACAAAUAUUAAACUAUGUGCAUUUGGCACAAUGGCAAAUAACACCAUUUGCCAUGAAAAUGUAAGUUUUUUUAACUUGGCCAUACAUUAUCUAAUCUCCAUAUUUUUCAAAUAUCAGGACAUAUUGAACCCGAAGACAGCCAUAUGAUUGAAUUCUAGUCUUAGCGCCACCUAGUGGCAACAGGAAGUUCAUUUCCUUCUAUUUUUAUACUCUUCUCACAUUAAUCCGAUACGUUGAAUUGCGGCGAGUCGGAGCAUCGGCCAAGUUUGAACCUUCGCUGUGAACCAAUAAACCAAUGUAACUCGA